UAUAUAUGCUCAUAUUUUAAUCACAGGUCUAUUCAUUAUGGAUCCGGGACCGGAGAAUCCCGACGUUUUGUACCUUCAGGCGAGUCAUUGUUCAGACCAUAUUGGUUCGGGAGAGGUAAUACGAAUAAAUUAGAUAUAUAUUUCUUCGAUUAAUGUAAUUUUUUAAUGAAUAUACUUAAAACUGAUUCUCGUUUUAUGUGCAGCCCGUACCAGAGUACACGAUGAUCGAGCAUUCCCAUAGUCAUUCGGCAUGGGUCAUAGAGGAUGAGAGGGUACUAGCUUUGAUCGCUCAGGCCGGUUUUCGACCGUGUUCGACGAUUCGUUAUAUCAGGCUUGAUUGGCCGCUUAUCACUGCUUUGAUUGAGAGGUGGAGGCCAGAGACCAACACCUUUCACAUGCAUAUAGGGGAGUGCACGAUCACUUUACAGGACGUGGCCGUCAUACUUGGGCUCCGGAUUGAUGGACCGGUAGUUACGGGCACCGACGAUCAUAGUUGGCCGGAGGUAUGUGCCCGGCUACUUGGACAGGUUCCCGACUUGAGGAGUGGUGCGAUGAAGCUAUCGUGGCUUCGUCAGACAUUUCAGGGCGACAUACCAGAGGAUGCCUCUGAUGAGACGCUCCAGUUUCAUGCUCGUGCAUACAUAUUGCACAUGAUAGGGUGCGUACUAUUUCCUGAUGCGAGCAAGACUCUCGUACAUGCACGAUGGCUGCCACUGCUGGAGGAUUUUGGUGUAUGCGGGGCACUAUCGUGGGGCAGUGCGGUGUUGGCAUAUUUGUAUCGAGAAUUGAGUAGAGUAUCUCUGAUGCAGAAUAAAGAAUUCAAGGGAUGCUGUACGUUGAUACAGAUUUGGUCAUGGGAGCGCAUUCAUAUUGGACGACCCACUUUACUUAUGCACCGUGACUUAGAGGGGCAGUAUCCGUUGGCAUACAGGUAUAAUUGUACACACACAUAUUUCAUUCGUAACCUGAAUAUUUGUACUUAUAUAUUCGCUAUUCUGCAUAUAGGUAUAACGUGCGAUACGCUCAGUACAAAUCAGCGACGCGUCACCGUCAGUUUUACCGAAAUGAGCUUGAUGGCCUCCAGCACGAACAGUUCAAGUGGAGACCCUAUACACCGCCGGAGCUCGAUAUACAUUCUCUUGCACCUAUCUGCCGAGAUUGUCCCGAAUUGUGGAGAGCCAGAGUUCCAUUGA